AUGCUGCCUUACAGCAACAGCUCUCUCCCUACUGAAGUCUCCAAAUUCCUCCUGAACUGUUUUGUUGGGUCCCCCAGCUGGCAGCUCUGGCUCUCCCUGCCCCUCAGCCUCCUCUUCCUCCUGGCCAUGGGGGCCAACACCACUCUCCUGAUCACCAUCUGGCUGGAGGCCUCUCUGCACAAGCCCAUGUACUACCUGCUCAGCCUCCUUUCCCUGCUGGACAUUGUGCUCUGCCUCACCGUCAUCCCCAAGGUCCUGGCCAUUUUCUGGUUUGACCUCAGGACCAUCAGUUUCUCUGCUUGCUUCUUUCAGAUGUUCAUCAUGAAUAACUUCCUGCCCAUGGAAUCAUGUACCUUCCUGGCUAUGGCCUAUGACCGCUAUGUGGCCAUCUGCAAGCCUCUGCAUUACCCAUCCAUCAUCAGUGACCAAUUUGUGGCAAAGGCUGCUGUCUUCAUCUUGGCACGGAACACGGUUCUCACGGCACCUAUCCCUAUCCUCUCUGCCCAGCUCCAUUAUUGUGGAAAAAAUAUAAUUGAGAACUGUAUCUGUGCCAACCUCUCUGUGUCCAAGCUCUCUUGUGAUAGUGUUGCCCGUAACAAAAUCUACCAGUUAAUUGUGGCAUGGACUCUUCUGGGCUCUGACCUCAUCUUCAUCUUCCUCUCCUAUACUUUCAUCCUCCGAGCUGUUCUUAAACUCAGGGCAAAAGGUGCAGCCACCAAAGCUCUGAGCACUUGUGGCUCACACUUCAUUCUCAUCCUCUUCUUCAGUACUAUCCUGCUGGUUUUUGUUUUCACCCAUAUGGCUAAGAAAAAGGUUUCCUCUGAUAUUCCUGUCUUACUUAAUGUCCUACACCAUGUUAUUCCUGCUGCUCUGAACCCUAUUGUCUAUGGAGUACGAAGCCAGGAGAUUAAACAGGGAAUGUGGAAAUUACUGAGGAGGAAUGGGUGA